AUGCCAAAUGGUAAACGAAUACUUCCAUUUUGGGUUGAAGCCUGGUUGACAACAUCAGCAAUUUUAUGUACCCUAGAUGUUGUCUAUACAAUGCUUCGACCAGCAACACUUCGAAAUGGUAGAUUAGGAGGAGUUUACGUUCUUUGGAAUAUAUACAGCGAUAUUGACUUAAGAUAUGCCAACGAAAAAGAUUUGGUAACAAUGGCAACCGGACGUAUAAUGAUUGUCGAAAUUGUUAUGGAUGUAAUUGCACUGCUGUUGGCAGUUCGAGGAUCACGACAUACACUUCUGGUAGCCUUUACAACCAGUGCAUUUGCAUUCUGGAAGACGCUAUUAUAUAUGACGCUUUACAUUAUGCCUCCAGAAGGUUAG